AUGGAAGAGAACAAGAAACUCCCGAAGGCAUGGGAAAAGCCCUUUCUGAGCAGUCCCGAGAAGCCCAAGGAGUUUAAAAAGAAAAGAAAAAAGAACCCAAAUCCACUGAGUUGUUUAAAAAAGAAAAAGAAGGCCGAUGACAACGAUAAACCAAAGAAUAAAAAUAGGACGCGCGUCCGUUCCAGGAGGUCAAGUGGUCAAUUUACCCUGGACUCUAAUCGUGAUAAAAGUGUGAAUUUGGGCGCCAGUGAGGACGUGGACUCCAAUCCUAUUCGGAAUGUCGAGUAG